AUGGCAUUAUCUUCAAACUGGUUGGAACUACAAAAGACUAAGAAAGUGAUUGUAAAGAAACAGAAGAAGGUUAUUAAACCUUCUUGGAAAAUUGAGGGCAAUAAGAAAAGGAAAGGUAGUAAGAUUAUGGAUAUGGUGUAUGCAAUGAAUGAAGAAAUCGAUAAAUCCAAAGAACAUAAGAAAAAUGGUACCCAGUUCCAAUUCAAAGUAGAAACAGAAGUUAACACAGUAUUAGAUGAAAAAUUAAAAGAAGAUAUCUCUGACACACGAGCAUCAAGUAUAGGUAAAUAUAUUGCCAUAGACUGUGAGUUUGUCGGAAUUGGUCCAGAAGGCAAGGAAUCUGCUUUAGCAAGAGUUUCAUUAGUAAACUAUUAUGGUCAUGUGUUAUUUGAUGCAUUUGUUCAACAAAGAGAACCUGUAACAGACUGGAGAACAUGGGUAAGUGGCAUAAAACCUGAGCACAUGCGGAAUGCAAUCCCUUUCGAGCUUGCUCAAAAAAAAGUAUUUGAGAUUCUAGAUGGAAGAAUAUUAGUUGGCCACGCUGUUAAGCAUGAUUUAGAGGCUUUAUUUAUCUCACAUCCAAAAUCAAUGAUUAGAGAUACCUCUAGACAUCUUCCAUUCAGACAGAAAUAUUCAAAAGGGAAAGCACCAAGUUUAAAGAAAUUAGCAAAAGAAUUAUUUAAAAUAGAUGUCCAAGAUGGACAACAUUCCUCAGUUGAAGAUGCAAAAACAACUAUGUUAAUAUAUAAGUCUGAUAAGAAGGAAUUUGAAAGGUUACAUAAAAAUAACUUCUCAAAGUAA